CUGUUUGGGGCCCCGUGAAAUUGCCGAUGCCCGGCUUUGCGGGGAACGCGGCAGCUUACUUAAAUAGGUAAUCGGGCCGCUUACCCAAUCGGUACUCCCGACAGGCACUGGCAGGUAUAUUAAACAGACAAGACCGACCCUAUCUGGGAGCAUCGCAGGAGAUGUCCACACCUCGUGUAUCUUAGAGAAGCCAGAUACCAUUUCGAUGUCCAAAUUCCUUUCAAAAACGGCCAUCCGGGCCGCGUCCACCUCGAGUUCAGCCUCGCAGAUGACCAAGGCCGCAGGCGAUAUCUCCAGUGUCUUUCCUAGUCUAAGACCAGAUUAUAAGCCGGAGCCACUACCCUCGCGGUUCAAAGACCUGAAGCUUCGAUACUUCGAGCAGAAUGAAGAGGCAUUGAAGCAAAGCUGGAAGAGACUUCUUCCUAGCAUGGAGGAGGAAGUACACAAGAUCAAGUCCAAGGGCAGCGAUAUCAUUUCGUCAGUGAAAUACUCCGAUGUGAUUAAUGGCACUGUGCCAGACCAUGUCCUUGCCGAGAUCCGUCACCGGGGAUCCGUGGUGAUCAGAAAUGUGGUGUCUCGAGAGAAAGCCCUGGAAUUGAAGGAAAGGAUCAAGGACUACGCUGCUGCCAACAAAGAGCGCGUGAAAGCCUUCCCGCCUGACUCUCCAGCAGUAUACGAGCUGUACUGGACUCCAUCCCAAGCAGAGGCACGAGCACAUCCGAACCUGCUCGAUACACAGCGCUUCCUACAGCGCCUAUGGCAUUCGUCGGAUCCCAAAACACCCAUCUCCACCCGAAACCCCUUGACCUACGCAGACCGACUUCGCAUUAGACAACCCGGGGAUUCCAAAUUCACCCUUGGCCCUCACAUGGACGGUGGCUCACUCGAGCGAUGGGAAGAUCCCGAAUAUUCCAAGGUCUACACAAAGAUCCUCGAGGGUAAUUGGGAGAAUUACGAUCCAUGGGACGCUAAGCACCGCGUCUCAGCCAAGAUGGACUUGUACAACGGAGCCGGUGCCUGUUCUAUGUUGAGGUUCUUUCAAGGGUGGCUGUCCAUGUCCAACACAGCUCCCGGCGAAGGCUCAUUACAUGUUUGCCCCAUGCUCAUCCACAGCACAGCUUACGCCAUCCUGCGGCCAUUCUUCAACACUGAAACCCUGCAACCCGCACUGGACAACACAUUCCCGGGCUCCGUACCCGGUGCAUGCCAAGAAUACAACCCAAUCACUCACCCUCACAUGGAACUCGAAACCACAAUGGUCUCCGUCCCCGAGGUGGAACCAGGUGACUUCGUCGCCUGGCAUUGCGAUUCCCUGCACUCCGUCGACAAGGAACAUCGCGGCACGGGCGACUCUAGUGUCCUCUACAUUCCUGCCACGCCGAUGUGCGAUAUGAACGUUGAAUACCUGCUCAAGCAGCGACAGGCAGCGCUUGCUUACUCGCCGCCCUGGGACUUCCCUGGUGCGGGAGGUCCCGGCGAGAUGGGAUUCCAAGGAGCCUUGGACUGGAACUCGGUUAACGUUGAGGGUCUGCGCGCCAUGGGGAUGGGUAAUCAGCCUUGGGAGAUCACCGAUGAUAUGAGUGAGGGAGAAAAGGUGGUGAUUGAAGCCGCCAACAAGGCCUGCUUCGGUCAAGCAUAGUAAUUCUUUUUCAUCGCAUAUGACACUCAAAGUCAAUGCAAUGUAUUUUUAUAGCUAGGGGAGUAAAUUUCAUUCCUGCUUCUUUAUCC